UCUCCCGGCCGCCUCCAGCCCGUGUCCAGCACCUUCGUGCAGAAGAUCGGCUCCAACUCCUUCACCGUCAACCCGCGGGGCCACCGCUUUGGUCCAGCGCCCUCGGAACUCCCGGCCACCCCAGCCUCGGGGCUGAGCAACGGGCCCCUGGAGCCGGAAGAGACCCCUUUGCCGGCUUCUCCUCCGGGGGACCCAAGCCUGCCCGUGGCUGCUGCCGCCGUCUCCUCCAAACCGGUGCCAUCGCCAGGUGCUGCCGCUGUUGCCGCCACCUCCUCCUCCUCUCCCGCCCGAGCCAACUGGUGGAAGCCAAAGCCCGAGGGGGCAGCUGGGAUCCCGCCGCGGACGCCCCCGUCCUCCAGUGCCAGUCCGGUCAGCAGUGCCACCACCACGCCGCUGCUUGCCAGCUCUGGCGGCUCCUUCGAGAUCCGCCCCGCCUCCAAGCCGGACCUGGCCGCCAUCCCGGCGCACGACCUCCAGGCCCAGGCUUUGGCCGGCCUGCGCCUCAACUCCCGCAACUCCUUCCUCUUCGUGCCCCGCCGGAAAGGGGAAGCCGCCGGGGUCCCCGAACCUUCCGAAACCCUCCCGGACUUGCCGGAGGAGAAGGUCCUGCCGGCCGCCCCUCCGAAGCCGGUGGAGACGCUGGUCCCGGUGACCUACAUCGACGAAGACUUGGUGGAGUCGGAUUCUGGCCCCUUGCCGCCCUUGAGGGUCCUGAGCCCCCGGCUGGAGGGCUUUGUCCCCCAGGAGGGAAGCCUGGCUCUCGAGAUGGACGAUUCCGCUCUGCCCGUCCACAAACCUCCGCCGGCAGGUUUUGCCACCUUCGCUCAGAAAGGGACCAACACCUUUACCAUCGUUCCGAAAAGGAAGCCCCCCAUGGCCGGCCUGGAGACCUUCAGCCGAGCUUGGCUGUCGGAGGAGGACGAGGAGGAGGAAGAAAGCCGGUCCAGAGCCAGGACUGGGGCUCCCCACCAGGAGCUGGGGCAACUUCUGAAAAAGCGCUACCCCACGGUGAACGAAAUCGAAGUGAUCGGGGGCUACCUCUCUUUGGAUAAGUCUUGCAUGAGCAAGUCGGGCUCCCGGCGCAAAAAGAUGAAGAUUUCGUUCAACGAGAGCAGCCUGCAGACCAUGUUCGAAUACCCAUCCGAAAGCUCCUUGGUGGACGAGGAAGAGGAGGAUGAGGAAGAGGAGGAAGAGUAUGCCACCGAAGUGGACGAGCCUCCGGCUCCGCUCUUCAUUCCUCGCCCAAACAGCCCCGCGCACUCCAGCGUCACCAACUCAGGUUUAUCAAGUUACACCCCAAAGCACUCCAUCGAAUUCAGCAAGUGGCAGGAGCAGCACCACGAGGGGAUGCCUCUGCGCCCGGGAGCCUUUCCGCGGGAUGCGGACCCUCUGGCCAACCCAGUUAUGCUCACCCCAGCAGACAAGAGCAGCCUCUCCGACUUCAGUAGUGAACCUGCCCUCUACUUCUGACUUCCUGGCGUCCUUGCUUCUGUAUGUCCGCAGGAGUGUUCUGUGGGAGCUGGAGGUGGGCGCUUGAAGCCAAGCCUUUCCUCCCUCGCCAUGGACUGAGGCUCAUUGGAGGUGGAGAGAUAGUGCCGGGCCGCUCACUUUUCCUACCCGUGGCCUUAACGGCUCUCGCUUGGAAGGCCCUCGUUUGCAAAGAAGGUGGCGAAGGGGCUGCCGAGGGUCUGACCACGCCAAGAGCUGUUCUUCCUUCUUACCUGGUGGCACCGCCCACGCCGGCCAGGUGUGUUUUGAGAUGGCUUGCCCAUUCACUUGGCGCAAACAAGCUGCUCUUUGACAGCGGUGACCAAAUGGACAAGGCCGUCUCAAGAGUUCACCUUAGGAGAAGGCUCCAGAAGACCUCGCUAGCACUUAAUUGGACUCUUGCCACUGUGCAGAUUCUGACGGCUGGCACUGCCUGCUCCGGUGGCUAGUGGAAAUCGUAGAAAAGAGUUGGAAGGGAGUCUUCUGAGUCCCUCUAGGGGGACAGUAAAGGUGGCCGCUGUUCUUGGCUCCCCAAGCGCUGCCUGUGGGAGGAAAUAUGUGCCCUUCUUCAAAAGCCUGGCCAGGCAACCGCUCCUUGUCUUUGCAGCAGUUGGAACUGUAUGGAAAGUCAGAUAUAUUCGUCAAGCCUACACACACACACCCUUUGCUAGAAUUGUACGUCUUGCAGGGUAUGGGCAACAGCUGUUCCUGUGGGUAUGGUGGAAGCCGCAGCUGGUCAGCUCUCCCUCUACACGGUGGCUCUAAAGGAAAGGCUUGUGACUGAGGGAUGAUUCUGCUCCAUGUACAGCCUUCGUGGCAGGGGAGUGGAAGUUCCCUUCCUUGUUCACAGCACCGAGGGCCACGAUUUCCCCCAGCUGCUGCACAGCGGUCGGAUUGCCUCAGCUCCUCGUUUGCGGGGCGGAAUGGUUUAACGGGUCUACAGCCCCUCCUGUCCCAGUUGCGAUGAUCCCUCUCACGCUACCCUGCUUUCCAGUCUUUGCUGAUCUGGUUGCUUGAAAGAUGACGCUCCUUCCAGUUUGGUCUUCUUAUAACUGUGCUGCCGGCCCUCUCAAAGUCGUUUCUCACAUUCAGGUUACGGGAGCAAGACCGCUGUAGUCUCUGCACCCAAAUUGCACUCUAUGCAAGACGAGAACAUGGCUUUGGGGGCAGCAGUAGAGUUGAUGUGAAUCGGGCGUUGACCCUCGGGGUUCAGCCCACUCCAAAAGGACCAAGUUUUCUGCUCUGAAACCUACUGAUGUUCAUCUAUGAUUUUGUUCGUUUCGUAUAUUAAAUCAAGGUGCGCCCAUUUACUGGGGUGAAUGAUUCCAAAACAUUCCCUAUUUUGCACUUGGUGAUGAUUUGUUAAUGAGAGGGAUGGGGGGGGAAUUUGCAUCAGUGGGGACCACUGUGGCUGGGUGUCCGGCUGGAUGAGCCAAACCGCUGCUCCUUCCUGUCUCUGUCCCCCCUCCCCCUUCAGGGAUAUCACUCUGUGCUUCCAAAGUUCAUUAAACGUCACAAGUGAUCUCUUCA